AUGGAGAUUGGGGGCGCGGGGCCCGAGGCCGACUCGGAGCCGCCGCCGCCGCCGAGUCGCGGGCGCCUCGAUUGGUGCAAGGCGCGGGCGGGCUCCCAAGAAGGGGCCACCAUCCAGAAGUUCCUGCAUGUCUGCGCGCUCCACACGACAGGCUAUGUGUGGGGCCAAUGGUGGAUGGACUAUGGACGGCUGCAAUUUUGCGGCGUGCCCAACGAGGACACCGACGUCGCCGACGUCUUCCAGUUCUCUUGCGGCGUCGCGGCUGGCAGCGCACCCAUCCCAGGAUCCAGCCGCGAGGUCGCCAUCCGCCAGGGUGCUGGCAUGGCAGUCUUCAGCGAUUGCGUGUUGUUGACGGAGCAGCAGCGCCAGUCCGGCGCUGUACCGCGCGGCGCCGAGUCGCUCACUCCCGCCGACGCAGCGCGGCGCUGGUCGAAGACCUAUGGCCCCCACGCGGAGCGGGUUCUUGAGGCCGAGGAGAAUUGCAGGGAGGCGCAGGGCUUAUCGACGGAGCAGAAGAUCGAGAGCCACGCGGGGGCGAUGCCCCCGAUUGCGCUUCGUGGCCACGUGCCCGCCCCGACCCUCGAUCAGUUGAAGCGGACGGUAGCCUACGCCGUUCAGGUCCUGGCCAAGGCGACACAGUACAGGACGCAGAUGGAGUUCAUGGCCAGCGCUGGGCCCCCCAGCGGGCAGAAGAGAAAGCAGGCCCAGGCAUCCGACGGGGGCGAUCAGGCAACGGGCCGCCUCAACGAGCUCAAGGCUGGAGUCAGCUUGACCGACGUCCUGGAUAAGGGGGCAGAUAAUCGCGGCUGCGGUGGCCGCAUCUACGCGCUGAAGCGCUUCAAGCCAAGGGCGCAGACGGUGCAGGGUGGCAAGGCCAGCCUCUUGAGAGACAUCGAUGCCUGUUCUGACCUCGGCGGUGCUGCGUUAGAUACCCUGACCGCUUCGCAGAGGAGCACCAUGUUCAAGAAGCCCAAGCGCGCGCCCCUCGCGAAUGCGAGGUCCUUCAGGCGGAAGUUUUGCGAGAAGUAUUUGGCAGAGGUCGAUGCAGUUGCCGACGAGAUCAUUUGCUGCGCACCUUGGGUCGGGGAUGCCGACGAGGCGGCUUUCUCGACGGCAGAGCCGAACUUGUCGCAGGUCGGCUUGCCAGUGAGCAAGAUGGUAGAGAUUGCGAGGGACUUCUUCAUCAACCGCGUCGCCCUCGCCGCGACGAAGGAGGACCGCGUCGACAACUACCGCAUGGAGGAGCUCGCGGGUGCAAUUUUAGACCACGCUUGCGCGGAGACGAUAAGCAAUGCCGCCCCUGAGGGCGCGGCCACCUACGCGCGCGAGCUCUCAACUUUCGCCGAGAGCACGAAGGUUUUGAUGGAUCCUGCUCCGACGUCCUUGGCGAACUGCACCGCCCGCAUCAAGCGCGCCCCCAAGAUGGACGAGUGCGCUAUGACCCUCAAGGAGGCCGAAGUCCCUUGCGACUCCUUCAAGUCCAUCCUCGAUGACUUUGGGGCGAUGGGCGGACAGCUGCGCAAGGGCGGUGCAAACGACUUCUUGUGGCUGCUCAGCAGCUCCAUCGAGGGGUUGGCGAUGCAGCGGGCUACCCGCGCGGCGUCUGGCGACGCGGGCGCGGAGGCAGAGCGCGCGGCGAAAUUCGAGCUGGGCCACUCAGAACUUUUGAUGAAGGCGGUGGCCUGGAGAGGUCUCGACAAGAAGCUGGAUCGCGCCCUCCAGCGCGUCGGCAACUCCUUGCGUUCGCUCGUCGGGGCCCUUGAGGAGUCGAACCGCGAGGGGGGCCUCACCGGCGCCUUUGCCGGCAUGAAUCCAGAGGAGAAGGGCCCUCUGGACAUGGUUCGCAGUGCGAGGGAUGCUUGCGAGGGCACCGUUUUCAACGCUGCCUCCACCAAGAGGGCGAUCACCGACGCCUCGGCGGUCGGCCUCGCGCACGGGGUUACCUUGGCCAAGAGGCUGCUCCAGCAUCCGACCGAGAGGAACGAGCCCGUUGCGCCAAUGCUCGGGGCCGCGGGCGUCGGCAUCUCACUGCUCGCCCACGUCGAGAUGCCGGCGGGCGAGGAUGUGAAGGCAUCGCGCAGCAG